AUGCAGCCGCCGGGGCGCCCUGCUCCGCCCGACACGGCAGAAGGGUUUGCAAGAAGGAAGAAGACAUCCCUCUGGUUUGUUGGGUCUCUGCUGGUGGUGUCUGUCGUCAUACUGACCGUCGGCCUGGCCGCCACCACCAGGACGGAGAACGUGACAGUGGGCGGCUACUACCCAGGCAUCAUUCUGGGCUUCGGAUCUUUCUUAGGAAUUAUCGGCAUCCACCUGGUGGAGAAUCGAAGGCAGAUGCUGGUGGCGGCAGUGGUGUUCAUCAGCUUUGGCGUGGUGGCGGCAUUCUGCUGUGCCAUUGUCGACGGCGUGUUUGCGGCACGGCACAUCGAGCCGAGGCCUCUCACCACAGGAAGAUGCCAGUUUUACUCCAGUGGGGUAGGAUACUUAUAUGACGUCUACCAGACAGAGGUCACCUGCCACUCCUGGAACAGUAAGUGCCAGCUGAAGGUGAGAAGCAACACCUGCUACUGCUGCGACCUUUAUACCUGCGAGAGCGCAGAGCCCUCGCCCACCUACUACGAGUUUGUCGGCGUGCGCAGCUGUCAGGACGUGGUCCACCUCUACCGCUUGCUCUGGGCCUCGGCGGUUCUGAACGUGCUGGGGCUGUUCCUGGGCAUCGUCACAGCCGCGGUCCUGGGGGCCUUCAAGGACAUGGUGCCUCUGUCCCAGCUGGCUCUCGGCCCGUCCGCCCCGCCUCAGAUCCUGUACAGCCCUGCCCAGCAGGUCCUGGCCUACGCGGGAUUCUGCCAGCCGCCCACCACCAUCCCGACCUGCUCCUCCUACCCUCUGCCCCUGCAGCCCUGUGGCAGCUUCCUGUGCGAGGACACGCAGCCUCCCACCCAGCCGGCCUCCAGCUCCGGGCCUCCGCCCCAGGCCCCGCCGCGCUAUGCACCAGCCUCUUUCCCCCCAGGGGAGAAACCACCCCCCUACGCACCCUGA